AUGGAAAAAAAACGAAAAAAGUCUGCUGAUAAAAACACUGACUUAUUGUCGUCUUAUACGUCUGUUCUGAGUGCAUCUGAAAAUGUAUCCUUUUCUAUACCGCCUGAACAAGUAACAUCUGAUAAUAAAAAAGAUGAUUUUUUAUAUAUGAACAAUGAAGCUACAGACAAUAUCCGUUUAGAUACAUCGGAAGACUUGUUUGAACAACAUUAUAUGAACACUCUUACUCAAGAAUUUGAAAAUGAAUUGGAUGAGCUAAGAAAGAGUCCUUCGUUUGAUCCUCAGUCAAUGCCUAUAUUGGUUGCUGCAUUGAAAAAAGGUGUUAAUAUUUUUUCAGCGGAAGAAAAACAAAAAGUAUUAGAUAAUCUUAUGCGGGAAAAGGAUAAAGGAAACAAAGGAAACAUGAAAAAUGAUGCCUAA